UCUGAAUUUAAAGUGAAAAACCGUAAAAGAAAAAUAUUUCUACAAAUGAAAGGUCCUAUUCUUUUUUGAUUCUCCUUUUUUAGUACAAAAUGCUGUCAAAUACAGAAAAGAAGACAACGACAAAACCAUUGCCACCUCCUUCAGUUUUAUUUGGAAAUAAAAAUAAUUAUUACUAUGACAAUAAUAAUAGUAAUAAUAUGGAGCAUAGAUCAGAUUAUAUAUUACCUCCACCUUCAAGUCUACCUGGUUAUCAUUUACCUCCACCUCCACCAUUGCCAUACUACUAUCAUCACCCACAAAAAUCAUAUUCACCAUCAUCUUCAACAUCAUCAGCAUCAUCACCAUCAAAGCCAGCAACUAAAAGAAAAAGACGUCAAAAUGUAGAAAAGAAAUCAUAUCACUAUGAAGUAUUAGACAUUAAACAGCAAAAAAAGAAAACUAAAAAACAAAAAAAGGAAUCAGAAGCUAUUUCUGCUGCUGCAGCUACUUUAGCAUCGUUUGCAUCUGCUACGCCAUCACCAAUAACCUCUUGUGAUGAGGAAGAGGAUGAUGUAGAAGAAAUAGAGGAUGAAUGUGUCCAUCUAGAAUCAUGUGCAGGACAAGGCAAUCAAUACAAGUGUGAUGCUUGUAACCUAACUUAUAAGCACUUGAAUUGUUUACAAAGACACGGUUGGGAAUUUCAUCAUACUUCAACUAUGCCAAAACAACAAAAGACUCAAUUGUUAGAGGCUGCACAAAUCUUGAUGGAUAUUGCACGUUACAGCAUGAGGAUGCACGUCUUGGAAUAAAUAAAUAAAAUUUUUUUAAAAGUCCGUGUGUUUUUAUUUCAAUCAAUUUGAAGUUGAUUUUUGAUAAAGUGUUUAGAAACCACUACUGUUUAAAACACA